AUGCAUACCCUUCCAACGUUGGAGAGAAUGGAGGGAGAUAGAAGCUCUUAUAAAACGGGAUUCUCUCUAUUCAUAUUUGGGGUUUCAUUUUUAUCUGCUGGAGUCAUUAUUGCUACCUUUGGGUUCCAGUCUUGUGAUCAUAAUGGUGGCAGCUGCAAUGUGAUCCUAAAGGCAACUGGACCAAGUUUAUGUGGUAUUGCCUUGGUAUUCAUACUGCUAUCAAGAUCCAGAACUCUAAUCAAUCUGAGACAGCUGGUCUACUCAGCAGAUCAACGGUGCUUUCUUUCUUGCAGCGAACAGGACACUUUUGCCCAUUUCCUCAUCUUUGGUGUCCUCUUUUGUUUUAGCGGAGUGCUGUUAACGAUGAUUGGAGUUUGGGCUAUCACCUGCCCUGGCACCAUGGAAGACGAAAGAUUCCAUAUAAUUAGUAAAACUAAUGGAAAUGAGAAAUGUAAACUGCUGUUCUUACAAAUCAUGGGUCCAGUGGUAACGUUUAUUGGUAUUUGCUUCUUACUAAUUUCCCAUGUCAAAAAGAAGGUAGUUUUAAGUGCAGAGGAAGAAUGUACAUCUGGAAAUAAUCAACACCCACAUAGAUCAGGAACAUGUCAAAUUGCAAUAGGUAAGUAA